AAAAAAAAAAAAAUGCCAUUUUGCCACAUACAGAAAAAGUCAAAUGGCAAAAAAAAUAAAAAUGCCACAUGACAAAAUACGUUUUGCCACAUGGCAAAAAAAAAUGCAACAUGGCAAAAAAAAAUGCCUCAUGGCAAAAUCAAUUCUGCCACAUGGCAAAAAAAUGCCACAUGCCAAAAUCCAUUUUGCCACAUGGCAAAAAAAUGCCGAAUGGCAAAGUCAAUUUUGGCACAUGGAAAAAAAUGACACAUUGUAAAAAAAUGCAACAUGGCAAAAAAAAAUUGUGACAUGCCAAAAUCAAUUCUGCCACAUUGCAAAAAAAAUGCCACAUGCAAAAAAUCCAUUUUGCCACAUACCGCAAAAAAAAAAAAAAAAAUGCCACAUGGCAAAAAAAUGCUAAAUGACAAAAUCCAUAUCCACAUACAAAAAAGCCAAAUUGCAAAAAAAAAUGCCACAUGACAAAGGACGUUUUGCCACGUGGCAAAAAAAUACCACAUGCCAAAACCCAUUUUGCUACUUGACAACAAAAAAAAUGGCACAUGGUAAAAAAAACGGUCACAUGGCAAAAUCAAUUUUUUCAAUCAAUCAAAAAAUGCCCCAUGCCAAAUCCAUUUUGACACGUGACAAGAAAAAAAUGCCGCAUGGCAAAAAACUGCCACAUGUGAAAAUCCAUUUCGCCAUAUACCCAAAAAAAUGCCAAAUGGCAAAAAAUGCUAAAUGCCAAAAUCCAUAUCAACAUACAAAAAAGUCAAAUUGCAAAAAAAAAAAAAGCCACAUGACAAAAUACGUUUUGCCACUUGGCAAAAAAAAAAAAAAAAAAAUGCCACAUGGCCAAAAAGUGCCAGAUGCCAAAACCCAUUUUCCCACAUGGCAGAAAAAAUGCCACAUGGCAAAAAAAUGCCAGAUGCCAAAACCCAUUUUCCCACAUGGCAAAAAAAAUGCCACAUGGCAAAAUCAAUUUUGACACAUACAAAAUACGACUUUUCAUUCUUGGCCCUGCUGUUAUAAUGUUGGUGCACCAAUAAACAAUUAAAAAAAAAGAAAUGUUUGGUAUUUACUGCACACUGUAACGAAAAUCAAUUAUAAUUCUGAGCACAUUUUAUCCGAAUUCUUUUCUAGCAUUAAAGCAUUAAUUUUGACUUGGGUUUAAGGUUUCACACACAGCCAAUGUUUUUCUUCCAGAUUUCAAGAUCUGCAUCCUAAUCCCUUUUCUCUGAUCCUUGAUUGACUUAAUAAAAUAAAAAACAAAAACAUGUCACUUUUUAUGCUUAAGGCCAUAUUAAACUUUUUUUUUUUUUUUUUUUUUUAACAGUACAGUGGAUGUAAACAUUGACACUAAAAUAGCAUCAAAGCCUGAAAGCUGAGUCUGCAUGUAUGUUUUUUGACAAGACUCAUGGUUUACUAUUUACACCUCUCAAAAGCUUUCAGCAUUUGCACACAAUGGAAAAGGAGACGGGACCGUGUAUGAGAGCAUAAUCAGAGACAAAGAGAGAUGUUUUCAUUUUGCCCACUGAGCUCCUAAAUAAUUUAAUGAUGGGGGGGAUUUAACAGAGUAUUGGUGUGUUUAUGUGUUGAAUAUUUAUAAUGCAUAUAAAACUGUUAUGGGCCAGCUGCUAGCAGCCUUGCAUCUCAGAUCUCUGGCUUUUUAAAGGUGUACUCCAACUUGAUGCAUCUAAAAUGGGAGUGCAGAUUCUCAGUCAUCUAGGAUAUGCUAAUCUGCAAAGAUUGAAUCUCGAAAAGCAAGGAUGUUAUGCUUUUCAUUAGAAAUGUCCCCGAACUGAUCAAGUGAUCAGAAAUCGAGCCGAGAGCACCGUUUUUCAGAGGACCGGAAUCAGGUGAAAAGGAUCAGGAUUGAAAUCUAAUCUAUAUUAUUAAAAAUGACAUAAAAGUUGUAGUAGUAUUAGUAUAAAAUACUGUAUACAGGUAGUCCGCAGGUUUCGAGCGAGUUCCGUUCCUACGCUGGCGACGUAACCCAAAUUUCCACAUAAAUCAGAAUGAACCCUUUCAGUACCCCUAAAUGCACCUUAAAUCUCAAAAUAACUAUCCAAAAACAUGUAUUACACGUCAUUGUAUUUUCCUCGCCAAGACGUUCCAGGAGCUUAAGGGGCAUAAAAGUUGUCUACAGAUUUUGGCAAAAAUGUACGGUUGCCCCAAAAUUUGCCAAAAACUGUCCCAUUACUUUCUAAUGGAAUGCCAUUGACUGCCAUGUACGUCCAAAUUUCCCAUUCAUUCUCAAUGGCCGAAAAACCUAUGUGGUUGUAAUUUUUUACCAAAAACUUACCAUUACAGAAAUUUGGAUUCAGCACCCCAAAAUUACAUAAAAUCAAGGCUUUGCAUCACUUAUAUUUGGCUUGGAUCUGUUUGAGCGGGGCAUGUGUGUUGAUUGUGUUGGGUCUAAAACACCUUCUUCAAUUUAGCUGUUGACCCAGAGCGAGGUGACAAAGGCAGGACACAAGGAGGCAGGAGUCAGAGAGUAGACUUUUACCAAAUUGCAGUUUUGGGGAGAGUAGGAGAGCGCAACGUGCCAAAUCGGAAUCUCACCGAGGUCUCUCUCCGGACUCCCCGCGCUGCUGACUUUUAUUGAGGGCUUGUUGCUGGGCGGAAAAUAGUUACAACACUGUUGUCCAACAUGGCAGUUUCGAUCAGGCAAAGUUCCUUAUUCUAGUCAUUGAUUUAACAGUCACACUCUUGAUUAAAUUAACAGUCACAGCGAGCAAGAUAACUUUGUUUUGAACACACAUUUGCACUCAAAGUAGCUUGGUGGAAAAGUACUGAGAUGUUGUGUGAUGAAUCAACAUACUGUAUGUGUGUGUAUCUAUUUAUCAGCAGAAUGUCAGCAAUUGCCGGUAAUAAAAAUAUAAGCACAUGAUUAUGGGCUAAAACUGUAUUCUUAGAGCUAACUUGUAUAACCCGCAGGGUAUAAUGGUCAUACAAUCAAGCAUAUCUUACAAUUGUGUCAAAUAUUUUAACGUGAUUAGUUAAAAAAAUUAAUUAACCUCCCGUUAACGCAAUAAUUUUGACAGCCCUACUUUUAAACGUUAACUUUGAGCCUUCAAUGGCUUGCCAUAUUGCUAAAAAGUAUUGAGAACAUGUUUUACCAGAAACUAAAGCCAUAAAUAAUAGGAUUUUAUUGUGUACCACUUUACAAAACCCCAAAAAGCGAAGGCAUUGAAUCAUGUAUUUGAAAUGCUAUAAUUAGCUACAAAACUAUUCUGUGUAUAAGACAGAAUUUAAGGGAACUUGAGUGGAGAUGCAUGAACGAGUCGCAGCACAUCUUCCUCCCCAAAAUGUGACGAAGCUCCAUCUAUUUCAAACAUGUGCUCUAAGGCUGUUUUCUGGAACGGCGCCUCUAAGUUAAGUAAGCAACAGCUAUCCCCAAAACAGAACUGACAGGGUUCUCGACGAGGAUUUUUGCAAAGUCGCUAUUUGUAUACAUCACCGUGUCCGUUCACAGCCCAAAGUCGCUUACUUUAAAAAAAAAAAAAAAAGCUGUUUUAGCUUUCUUGUCAAAAAGAAUUGGACUUCUUUGUACUUGAGAGGGUUUGAGAUGCUGUAACAUCAGGUGCGCCUGCUAAAUUCUAGCAGCUGGGAACGUUGAAGGGCUUAUUGAAGCAUCCUUGAGUUUGGAUGCUCAAUUUUCCUUUUAUGGGAACGGCUUCGAUUUUGGUUGCUUGGUUGCAUGUUCACUCUCAUUAAAAGUAUGAUGAAAGCUUACAUGCGAGAUGUUUAGUCUGUUUUUGCUGUUCUGGUAUAGGUUCUUAAACACGCUGAUAAUUCAUGAGCGCUCUUUCAAUAUUUAAUAAAAACUCAGAUGAUGGAAGAGUUUAAUCCCUGUUUGCUUUAAACAGGACAGUUUUGAGAAGCUGCUGAAAAUAACCCGCAGAAUUCAUUUCUGAUAUCAUCCAUGCAUCAUCCAUUUAUUUCCAAACGAUAAAUCUUGUCAAGUUGGAUGAAUUUUAAUAAGGUCUAGUUCAAAACGACACAUAUUUUAACCAUAAAACACUUGGCACAAAACAAUUGGUGUUCAAACGUCCAUCAAGUCUGAUCAAUAUGUAAAUUUAGUAGAUUAGAUUAGCCAAAUUUGCCAAACUAAAGCCUGCUAGCUCCAAUGCUAUGAAUGCUAACGUAUUAUUCUCAGAGCAAAUCGCUCAAACCUAACACCACAAACUAUAGCUCUAUACUUAAUUACAAAUGCAUACAAACAUAUAUUAGCUGAAACAACUUACAGCCAAUUGUGGGCCAAACCAGAGCACAGCUGUGCUUUACCCAUGUCAGACGAGCAGUGUUGUCAGUAAGUAGUAAUCUGAUUUCAUUCUCUUAGUAACGAGCAAUCUAACUCGUUAAUUUUUCCAAACCAGUAAUCGGAUUAGAGUUAGUUUCCUUAGUGUCUGUGCACUUAUAUUUUGUUAUUGCCUCAUAAUUUAUGUAGAACGAAGACUAUUGUAGUCCUGUAAGAAGAAUAUUUUGAAGAGAAAAUGUUCAUUUCGUUGGGAACCGCUCAUUGUUGAUUCCUAUUUUGGUCUCCAGUUGAGUGCGAGGUAAUGUUGAUCUGUGUGCGUCCAUGAAUGAACAUAUUUUUCCUUCAUUCUGGAGGGUUCCAGCGAUAGGUGGGAACCGCUACGUUGCCGGCCGUUUCGUAGCUUUGCUGUUGCAACGGCGGGUAGUUGUCGCUCCCGCUCGUCCUCGCGAAGUCCGCAAGAAUUGUAUCAUAUUCGGUGUUGCACAUUUAUGCUGUGAGGUGACGUGUUCGUUUAGCAUUUUUGGGAUGUGUUGUAAGUCCGAUUGAGUGUAAAAUGCUUAUUUGCCACCACUUUUUGUGGCCAAAUUGAUCGCAUGUGUGUAUGGCGUACUUUCGGUUUGUGCGCGCGCAUUUGCGCCCGCUCCCACAUUUGUGUUUAUUGCACUGUGGAAUUCAUUUAUGUGUUUUUGAUUAUUGUGCAGUCAAUUUGCAUUGUUUUCCAUUGCCACUGAUAUGCUGUUUACCCGAAACCCUAACCCGAAAUUCAAAAUUUUUGAGUGAGCGGGGGUUUAAUUAGUCGGUGGAGUUGAUUUCAACAAAUUCCAUGCAGUUUGUCAGUUGUUACUUUCAGGGCUCCAGAGUGACUAAGCUAGCGCAAGUCAAUGCUGUUUGAAAUCAACUCCAUCGACUAAUUAUACCCCCGCUAACUCGAAGAUUAAGCCUAAUGUAAAAAAUUAUGAUCUUCCCCUAAAAAUUCAAUUACCAGAAAUUCAAUUACAUGCGAUGACAUUUUUCUGUUGUCAUCUUAUGUUGAGGAAGCAAAGGGUGAAAAAUUGAUAAAACGUAACCGAUAAAUUACUUUUAAAGUAACUUAGUUACUUUGAUAAUAAAGUAAUCAGUAAAUUAACUCGAUUACUUUUUUGAGGCGUAAUCAGUAAGUACCGUAUUGGUCCGAAUAUAAGACAGUGUUUUUUGCAUUGAAAUAAGACUGAAAAAGUGGGGGUCGUCUUAUAUUCGCGAUCUAGACGUUAUACCCAUUCCCGACGAUAGAUGGCGCCAGAUAUCAUUGAAGCGUUGUUCUGUCAUGACAGAUCUCAGCUACUCUCAAGUUUAACCAGUUUGCAUUAUUUUAUUGCAGUAUUUUUCCUUAUUCAGAUUUGUUUCAAGACUACAGUUAGUUAGACUUCACUUUGAUGGUGAAUGCAGUUAUUGCAAAUUUGUUGUUUUAUUACAAUAGAUUGGUUUAUUUACAUUUCAAAAAGCAGAAGCCAUUCAUUUAUGAAUGUGAUUGCACUUUAGUUUACAUAUUGAAAUGUUCAGAUAUUGUUAUAAUCAUUUGUUUCAGAUAUAGUGUAAUUAUUUUCUGUAUAAAAAUUAAUUUGGUGUUCAAAAAGUCUUUUUUCAAACCUGAGUCUUGAAAAAGUAGGGGUCGUCUUAUAAUCAGAGCCGUCUUAUAUUCGGGCCAAUACGGUAAUUACUUAUUCAAGUAAUCUGUGACACCACUGCAGACGAGUCUGCUCAACAGUCCAGCCAGACUCAAAGCUUGCCACCAGAGGGCAGUGUAUCCUCCAUCGUUAAACAAAAUACCAUACUUUUGGAUUUUUUUUUGCAGAGUUAUUUUGAGGUUUAGGGGUGCUUAAAGUGUUAAUUCCGAUUUACACGGAAAUUCGGGUUGCGUUCCCAGCGUAGGAACGGGACUUUUUAAUGCCCUGUACCAGAAAUUUCUCAAAGACUGUUGAUAAUACAAACCUUUUGAUUAAUUAGAAUUCCUGUAUUAAUUUCACAUUUUAAUUAAUUUUGAGGCCAGUUUUUGACCAGUCACUUAAAAUACAGUAAAUAUAAACUCAUUCUUCCUUUGGCCAACAUGCACCCUCCCGCCAAGUUGCCCGAUUGUUCAAGUCUUAGUCUCUGAAUAAAGCACACAUAUAAAGACAGAUCCUCAUCAAUUAUAGUGUGAUAUUCAACCAAACGUCCAUCAACCAUCACUAACUUCAGCUUCACAAGUCGACAACUGUAAGCUCUUUUCAUUCGACGACAUUAUAUUGUCUAACCGCCUAUACUGGCAAGAUAGAACCCACAGAAUAUCCAUACAGUGAUACCUCAGCUCAUGAACGCUUAAGCUCACGAACUUUUCGCCUCAAGAACAUUAAAUUCGCGAGCAUAUAGUCUCUGCUGACGAACUAGUUUUCGGCGGACGAACCAAACCACGCGGUCGAACAGCGCCACGAGAAGCUGACGCACGCUCACGGCGUCCCAAUUCGUCCCCUCCCUUUCGUUGAGUGCGGACGUGGUUUGUGUUUGGUAGACAUUUUGGACCAUCUUGAGUGUACUUUUGCUAUUAUGGGACCGAAAAAUACCCCACCACAGGCUAGUGUUAAGCCUAAGAAGACAUUAAAGAAAAUAAGGCAUAUUUUUGUGUAGUUUUAAGGCUUAUUUAGUAGAAAAUUGUGUUUUAUGGGGACAUUGGAACGGAUUAUUUUCAUUUUAAUGGUUUCUUAUGGGAAAUAAAUGUUCGGAAGACGAACUUUUCGCCUUACACACACUUUCUGGGAACCAAUUAUGUUCGUGAGCUGAGGUAUCAGUGUAUUUGGUUAUAUGAAAUUUUAGUAAUCAUAGUUAGAUGAAUAAUAAAUGUCAAAUAGUGAACUUUCCCUAUUAGAUUAUGUUCCUCAAUUAUUAAAGGAGACGGAAUCUAUAUUAAAACAGCAGAAGAUGACAUUGAGAAGUCCACAAACUGAGAAAUGGAGCAAAACUAACACCAAAAAAAAAAAAAAAUUGUAUUUAUGACUUGAGAGAACAAGAAAGAAAAAGCCAGAGAGGUCACGUGGUUGUGGUCCUUUCUUCUCCCCCACUCUAUCUUGAAUAUUUAGAGGGAAGCAUCACAUUUCCUCCCUGUGGCCAUCUUCUCAUGUGACUUUCAUCACCACAGUCACCCCACUGUCCUCGCCUCCAGGUAGUGGCCCACCCACCCCGCUCUACUUUGCGCUCAUUAAAGUGGUGACACGUUCAAAGGAAAGGGCAUGAAUAAGUCCCUGCAAUUUGAACCCUUGAAAAAAGUCACGUGACGCGCACGUCUUUCGUGGGCUGGUUGCGUUCGGUAUUCGUCGGGGUAACGAAGUAGAGCGGCGUGACCUUUUCACCAGCUCGUAUUCACGCGUCCUUUUCCCCGCUCCUUCCUUCCCCUCAUUUUUCUGACCGCUGAUUGAGGAUGGAGAGGGAACGGUUGCGAGAGGGAGCAUCACGUCUCAAAGAGAAGGAGCUUCAGUUCGAGCGUCUGACCCGGGAACUUGAGGCCGAGCGUCAGAUUGUUGCCACCCAGCUGGAGCGAUGCAAGCUGGGAUCAGAAGCCGGCAGCAUGAGCAGCAUCAGUUCGGCAGAUGAACAGUUUCGUUGGAAUGCUCAAGCAGAUGGACAAAAGGAUAUUGAGGAUGAAUUGACUACAGGUUUGGAGUUGGUGGAUUCCUGCAUUCGCUCCCUCCAGGAGUCAGGAAUCCUUGAUGGUGUCGAACGACCGGCGCUCCUCUCCCAGAGUUCCUUGCAGCUCAACUCCACCCCGGAGGCUUCGCUCCAGUACUCUGCCAGCUACCAUAGCAACCAGACCCUCGCCCUUAGCGACAACAUCUCCGCAGGAUCUCCUCAGCGCAGCGGGCAGGUUGGAGGAGCCGUGCACAGCUAUAACCAGGUGACAUCGAGCCGUGCAGCCCAGCAGCAACAAUCACAAAGUGGGGCAGGGUCGGGAAUCUACUACUCAAGCUCCACCUUACCUGCCCAACGUGUCAAUUCCCCUCUGUGUGGUGGAGGAGGGGGUUCCGGGCCGGGGUCCCCCAACAAACUCCAACGCCUGGGUUCUGCCUCCGAUUCUCUAGGGUAUUCGACCACACAACGCCUGCCUUCCUCGUCCUCAUCUUCCUCUCCCAGCAAACAGUGUCCUGCUAAUCGACUGGCUAAGUCAUUCAGUACCAACGUUGCCGUGACGACAGGUGGGGGUGGAGGUUCUCCCCUGAGGUUAGCCUCUCCACCCAAUUCGACUGGCGGAGGGGCAGGCUCAUCAUCGUCCCCCUUACAUCAGAUGAGCUCCGGCAUCGGCAGUUAUGCCACUUUGUCUCCCAAACGACUUGCAGCUCACCACGCGUCCGACCAGUACAAGAUUUCCCAUGAGCUCUACGCAACUGCUACACUCCAGAGACCCGGCAGUCUAGCAAGCUCUCGUGGCUCCUACAGUAGUCAGCACAGCCAGGAGCCCCUCCGACCCUUGGGUUCCCCCGAGCACCAUAUAGACCCCAUAUAUGAGGAACGCGUGUACCACAACAAGGGUCCCAUGAGGAGCCUAAGCCAGAGCCAAGGGCCUGACUCUGGCCCCUAUCGCAACAACACCGACUUGUCCUACCGUUUCCAUGACCACGUCCUAAGUUAUGUCCUUUGUCCCUACUUUCCUGCCAUAGCUCCCUCCUCCCCCGGUGUCGACUCCACCCCUUUGCAGCGAACAGGAAGUCACGGCACCGGGACUGGAAAUUAUAGCCGUGGCGGGACCAACAACUAUGCCACCGUGGGACCUGGAUACACCACAAGCGGGGGAGGAGCAGACAUGUACGGAUCGGACCCCUUCGUGGCGGACCCUUACCGUACACUACAGUACUGCCCUUCGGUGGUGGAAUCACCGUACAGCAAGUCGGGGCCUGCCUUGCCACCGGAAGGAACCCUUCAACGCUCACCUUCUAUUGACUCCAUUCAAAAGGAUCCCAGGGAGUUUGGCUGGCGAGAUCCGGAGCUACCAGAAGUCAUCCAGAUGCUGCAACAUCAAUUCCCAUCCGUGCAGUCCAAUGCUGCGGCAUACCUUCAACACCUCUGCUUCGGAGACAAUAAGAUCAAAGCUGAGAUCCGUAGACAGGGGGGCAUCCAGCUGCUGGUGGACCUGCUGGAUCACAGGAUGAGCGAAGUUCACCGCAGUGCCUGUGGAGCUCUAAGGAACCUGGUGUACGGCAAGGCCAACGAUGAGAAUAAAGUAGCCCUGAAGAACUGCGGAGGGAUUCCUGCGCUGGUCCGCCUUCUGAGGAAGACAGGCGAUGUUGAAAUCAGAGAGUUGGUCACAGGCGUCCUGUGGAACCUGUCGUCGUGUGACGCUCUAAAGAUGCCAAUCAUCCAGGAUGCGCUGGCCGUGCUGACUAACAGCGUCAUCAUCCCCCACUCCAACUGGGACUCCUCCCCCAAUCACCAUGACGACCGCAAGCUCCAGCUUCAUACUUCCCAGGUUCUGCGAAAUGCUACAGGUUGCCUCAGGAACGUCAGCUCCGCAGGUGAGGAGGCGAGACGGAGGAUGCGAGAGUGCGACGGCCUGACGGACGCUUUACUUUACGUCAUCCAGACCUCUCUUGGCAGCAGUGAGAUUGACAGCAAGACUGUGGAGAACUGCGUUUGCAUCUUGAGGAACCUGUCCUAUCGCUUGGCAGCUGAGACGUCACACGGUCAGCAGAGCGGCUUGGAGGAGCUGGACGGCCUCCUCUGUGACUCUAACGGUCGUGAUGGAGAGAGCUCGGGCUGUUGGGGAAAGAAGAAGAAGAAAAAGAAGGCUGGCGAUCAGUGGGAUGGCGUCGGCCCCUUUCCAGACACAGUGGAUCCACCCAAAGGGGUUCAGAUGCUCUGGCACCCAACAAUUGUUAAACCCUACCUCACCCUUCUGUCUGAAUGCUCCAAUCCGGAUACACUAGAGGGAGCAGCUGGAGCCCUGCAGAACCUGGCUGCUGGCAGCUGGAAGUGGUCUGUGUACAUCCGGGCUGCUGUUCGUAAGGAGAAAGGACUUCCUAUCCUGGUGGAGUUACUGCGGAUCGACAAUGACAAAGUUGUGUGCGCUGUAGCCACCGCUCUCAGAAAUAUGGCGCUGGACAUCCGGAACAAGGAGUUAAUUGGGAAAUACGCAAUGCGAGAUUUGAUCCAUCGGUUACCAGGCAGCAGCAGCAGUAACAACAAUGCCACCAGCACUGGGACCUCCGGUACUACAAGUCCGCCCAGCAAAACCAUGUCUGAUGACACGGUCACUGCCAUCUGCUGCGCACUUCAUGAAGUUAUCACCAAGAAUAUGGAGAAUGCCAAAGCCCUCCGCGAUGCUGGCGGCAUAGAAAAACUGAUCGGCAUCGCUCGCAGUAAAGGAGACAAACACUCGGCCAAGGUGGUGAAGGCGGCCUCACAAGUGCUCAGCAGCAUGUGGCAGUACAGAGACUUGCGUUCCCUCUACAAGAAGGAUGGAUACUCGCAGUAUCACUUUGUGGGGUCUGCCUCCACAAUAGAACGAGACCGACAGAGGCCAUACUCAUCUUCUCGAACUCCCUCCGUGUCCCCCAUCAGGACGUCCCCAAACAACCGUUCUGCGAGCGCUCCAGCUUCUCCGAGAGAAAUGAUGAGUCUGAAGGAACGCAAGAUGGACUACGAUUCCACUGCAACCAACGCAGGUUUCCAUAGCAACAAAGGCGAGCACACAUCCCGGAAAGAUGGCAUGGCAGUUUCAUGUGGAACGUCGACAUUGUUCCGAAACUCAUACCUGACUGCCAGUGAUGAUAUCAAGCCAAAUCAGGCUCCAGUUCAACCCUGCACCAUGGUCCCCCAGCCUCUGCAGGACAGUCCGUCAACAGUCGUGCUAAAAGACUACGACCAUUACCCGCCCCCUCCCUCCUUCCCCCAGCCUCUGCCUCCGCAGCCUCCUCCUCACAGCCAGAGCCGGAGUUUCGACGAGGCCUACUACGAGGACCAGGGACAACCUCCUCCGAGCCAGCCGCAGGUGCAGACGCAGGCCCAGCCUCAGGCCCAACCCCAGCAACCUCCCAGCACCGCCGGCCCGCCCCGGGACCCACGAGAGGACCUGCGCAUGCACCUGGGCCUAAAAUCCACCGGCAACUAUGUAGACUUCUAUUCAGCAUCGCGGCCAUACAGCGAACUAAACUACGAGACCAGCCACUAUCCAGCCUCACCUGACUCGUGGGUCUAAUACCAGACUGUAAUAAUAGUGAUGACGAUUAGGGGUUUAAAAGUGUCUAAGUGUAUGGAAGGGAUAUUUUUUUCCAAGCACAUCAAGUAGUCUCGAACCCCCUGACAAGGACUUUUUUUGUGUUCUCUCCAAACAAAAGAAAAUAAUGAAGCCAGGUCAAGUGACAAUGCAUGUGCAUGCCAACAUUUUCUUUCUUUUUUUUUUGUUUUUAACAACCACCCACUUUAUCUUUAAUCUCAGCCCUGCUCCAUUGAGUGAGUGAAGGUUUGUGAAGGGGCCUUGAAGGCAGUGGGCAGUAUAAAUAGAGAAAGAAAGCAAAGAAUAAGCCACAUAGCGAUGAAUAAAGAAGGUGGGCGAGGGAUGACCGCGUAAUGGAGAUGGAAUGAGUUAAGAGGUUUUAUUCGCAGAAGGAGUUCUGACCUUUUGAGAGGAUGACUUGCCGGAAUCGUAUCAGACACGACGAGAAAAGUGGGUUUUUCCCACUUCACCUAAACGUAGCACUGCUUCUUUUCCCCUGCACUUCUGUUGUUGUUAUUCUUGCCUUUUUGCCUAUGGAAGUCUAUGAAUUCAUUUGAAAGGAAUGUCAUCCUUUUUUUCUACUUUUUUAGAUUUUUCAAGAAGUCAUUUUACGUAUCCCAUAUGUGACGUGCGCACUUUUUUAACGCUAUUUGUUUGAAAGCAACAAAAAUAUGUAAAAUAAGAAUACAAAAAGCAGACCAAGAUGGAAGUCGGCACGAUCCCAGCUUUGCAGUAUUUGUGUUUGCCGACCUUCACCAGUUGAAUAUUGUGGUGGAAAAUGGAAGUGCACACGAGGAGAGUCGUUCAAUUGUUGAGAAAGAAGUGCUUUUUCACUGCCUAAAAAAAUACAUGCAAGCACAGUUUGUGUUUGGGAAGUUUUGUCUUGUCUUUUAGUGGGGCGCAUCACCACUUCUGCAGGAGGAAUUGGACAAUCCAAUGUAAACUAAAGUGAUAAAAGGACAAAAAGGACCUUUGACCCCUCAUGGAUCAAUCCUGGAUGGCUUUAAAGGAACAUUGUCUCAUUUUCUAGACACUGACUGGAUGUCUCGCUCUGCUGUUUGUAACCUUUUUGUUGCCGUACCCAUGAAACUGGGAACUGUGGGUAAGUUCCCUUAGAUGUACAGCUCAGUGGACCUCAGUGUCAGCUGAGCAUACAGUGGGGCAAAUAGGUAUUUAGUCAACCACCAAUUGUGCAAG